GUGUAGCAAAUACCCUGACAAUAGCCACAACCAGGAAUAAAGGAAGACAGCCUCAUUUUGCCGGCAUCCCUCCAGCCCCGGAGCCAGUUGUCCGGUGUCAAGAGGGAGAUCCCCAGCUGAGAGAGUGCCCCUUGCUGAGAAAGGAAGAAGGAGAACAGAGAUGUGGCUUCUGAUUCUGGUGGCGUAUUUGUUCCAAAGAAAUGUGAAUUCAGGAUGUAUGCCAACGAAAGCCGUGGAUCCAGAAGCAUUCAUGAAUAUUAGCGAAAUCAUCCGACAUCAAGGUUAUCCUUAUGAGGAGUACGAAGUUGUAACAGAAGAUGGGUACAUCCUUUCUGUUAACAGAAUUCCUCAAGGCCCAGCACAACUUAAAAAGACAGGACCGAGUCCGGUGGUGUUCCUGCAGCACGGCCUGCUUGGGGACGCCAGCAACUGGAUCUCCAACCUGCCCAACAACAGCCUGGGCUUCAUUCUGGCAGAUGCCGGUUUUGACGUGUGGCUGGGGAACAGCAGGGGGAACACCUGGUCUCGGAAACACAAGACCCUCUCCGUAGACCAAGAUGAGUUCUGGGCUUUCAGUUAUGAUGAGAUGGCUAGGUUUGACCUUCCUGCAGUCAUAAACUUUAUUUUGCAGAAAACUGGCCAGGAAAAGAUCUAUUAUGUCGGCUACUCACAGGGCACCACCAUGGGCUUUAUUGCUUUUUCCACCAUGCCAGAGCUGGCUCAGAAAAUCAAAAUGUAUUUUGCAUUAGCGCCCAUAGCCACUGUUAAACACGCAAAAGGCCCUAGUACCAAAUUUUUGUCACUUCCGGAUAUGAUGAUCAAGGGACUGUUUGGCAAGAAGGAAUUUCUGUACCAGACCAGAUUCUUCAGACAGUUUGCUAUUUACCUGUGUGGUCAGAUGAUUAUGGAUCAGAUUUGUAGCAACGUCAUGUUACUUAUGGGAGGAUUUAAUACGAGAAACAUGAACAUGAGCCGAGCAAACGUGUACGUCGCUCAUACUCUGGCGGGAACGUCCGUGCAAAAUAUCCUGCACUGGAGCCAGGCAAUGAAUUCUGGGGAACUUCGGGCAUUUGACUGGGGGAGCGAGACCAAAAAUCUGGAGAAAGGCAAUCAGCCAACUCCCAUAAGGUACAAAGUCAGAGACAUGAUGGUCCCCACCGCAAUGUGGUCUGGGGGUCAGGACUGGCUUUCAAAUCCAGAGGACAUGAAGACACUGCUCUCCGAGGUGACCAAUCUCAUCUACCAUAAGCACAUUCCUGAAUGGGCACAUGUGGAUUUCAUCUGGGGCUUGGAUGCCCCUCACCGUGUGUACAACGAGAUCAUACAUCUGAUGAAGCAGGAGGACGCCGGCUUCUCCCAGGGAACAUGCGGGGUCAGACUGUGAAGCAUCUUGAUACUGACGAGUCUUG